GACACGCUUUUCAAAACUUGCUCCGUCGUGUUCCCUUUGUGAUGCCACCUGAAGUAGCUACGCAGGACCUGAGGGCCAGGAUGGAAAACACUGGGUGCUAAUAACAUAGAGGGCGCCGUCACAGCUGACUGGGCAGUUUUAUAAUGACACUCACUGGUUUUCAGCAGCUCCUCAAACUGAGUCAUGUGACCUAACUCAGGAGACACUCAGUCGCCAUCCCUCUGAAAGUCACGUUGGACGGUUGUGAGUUGGUUACAGAGCGAGGUGUGCACCGAGCUUAAGCUGAAGUCAGGGACACGCCUAAAGUGGAUUUUCAAGAUACGACUGGCUGUCAGCCGCGUGACGACAGGCAGGCGAGUUCCUCCAGCGAGUGUUCGACAGCUCGAGUGUUUUGCCAUGGAGUGGUGAGACAACGGCACUCGGAGGCCAGGAGACCAGUCUUGACAAGAUCAGGACUGAACUCAGACUAGCGCCUGUCCACACGCGCAGAGUCUCAGGAGUGUUGCUUCAGUCUGACGGACAUCGGCUCUGACGUGAUCCCCAAACCUCUCGCUCGUGUCCCGGCACGUUCCUGCUGCUCUCCUUCCCAGUCUAAUUUCAGAUGUUUUCAGGACUCUAAACGUGUGGAUUGCGACCAUGGCUGGCGGCGUGCCCGGCCUGCUGCCCCUGCUCCUGCUCCUCUGUGGCCCCCUGAGCGGCUCCGGUCAACUGACCAACGGCAGCUCCUCUGCUUCCACGGAGAACUCCACAAACCCGUCCACCAACGCCUCGCUGCGAGUCCCGGGAUGCGGGAAAAACCUGAACCCCAUCUACCGGUACCUGUGUGACCGCAGGGCCGUCUGGGGGAUCGUCCUGGAGACGCUGGCCUCCUCAGGGUUCCUCUUCAGCCUGGUCCUCCUCCUGGGUCUGCUGGUCUGGUCCACGCUGCGCUGCAUCUCCUCCAAGCGCCAGCGCAGCGGCAUCGGCGGGAUGGUGGCCUCCAUGUCCAUGUUCCUGUUCGGCACCGCCGGGAUUUUCGCCAUCACCUUCGCCUUCAUCAUCCGCCUCACGCCUCAGACCUGCCCCACCAGACUCUUCCUCUUCGGGGUCUUCUUCUCACUGGCCUUCUCCUGCCUGCUGGCGCGCUGCCUGGCGCUGCUGGGCUUCGCCGCCACCCGAGGGUGGGGCGAGCCGGCGGUGGCGCUGGGACUCUUCGUGGUGCAGGUGAUCAUCGCGGUGGAGUGGCUGAUGCUGGUGCUGCUCCGGGACCAGAAGCCCUGCUCCUACUCUCCGGAAGAGUUUGUCAUGCUGCAGAUCUAUGUGAUGUGCCUCCUGGCAGUGGCUCUGCUCCUGGCCCUGCACUACUGCCGCCGCGCCUGCUGCACCUACAGCUACAGCUACACCGGCAGCACGCACCUGCAGAGCCGGCAGCAGGCCGCCCUGCUCUGCCUCACCCUCUUCCUCUCUGUCUGCAUCUGGGUGGCCUGGAUCACCAUGGUCACCUGGGGCAAUCCGGAGGUCGGCCGCCGGCCGCAGUGGGACGACCCGGUGCUCAGCCUGGCCCUGGUGACCAACGGCUGGGUGCUGCUGCUGGGUCACGGGCUGAUCCAGGUGGCCUUCCUCUGCCGGGGGGAGGCCAAUGCCAAGGACGCCCCCCUCAGCUUCGCCGGGUGGACCAGCCCCAGCGCUGACGUCUCUGGACUGGAGAGCCCCAGGGAGGGGAAGGAGAACGGAAGCUUCGAGAACGAGGCUGAGAACCUCAGAGGCAGGAGACCCGAGCAGUCGCUGAGGUCGCCCUACGAGCCGGGACUCUCCAUGACAGAGCUUGACCCGGAGAGGGACUACACCAUCCCUCGCCCGCAGACCACCAACUACAGAGAACCUUACGACGACUACUACGGACCACUGUAGAACCUUCAAGAUUUCAAUCCGUUAUCACUGAACGGAUGCCAUCGCUUCUCUUUAACCGGACUGUCGGGUCAUUCUUCAUCAGACACGACCUUAAAUUAUUAAACACUUGGAGAAAGAUGACGCCGGGGGGGCCCUGGGGGGCGAGUGAAGGUUUGAGAAAGCUACAAAGAAAGGUUGAGGAAAGGGGGAGAGAUGGAUGAGAUCAACGAAAGAGCGGAGAGAGAAUGUGCAGGGCAACAGAAGGAGAGCGCGAGACUCGCAACAGAUUCAGAUCUGAGAGGAUGCAAGCAGAUAUGGGUGCCUGAGGGGGGACACCGAGCCUCCCGUCAUCACAAUAAUGGCACUUGAAAAUGCAUUGUUUUCCUGCUUUAGUUUACGCUAUUUAACAGCAGAGAACCAGCACUUCUGCAGCAACUGUCCAGACUAUUGUUUACAUUACAGUAAUUUCAGUCCAAACUAUUCACAAAUCAAUGUGUUUUCCAAUUGUUGUAAUCCCCAAUGUUCUUCAAAUGUGCAUUGCGAGAAUAUUAAAUUUUUUUUCUUAAUGUAAACCACACACCACAGCAACUCAGUUCAGAGGAGCUUGAGCCUGACAAGACGGAGGCCAGCGGAGGGCCCUGAGGUGAGAGGCGGCGCGACAACCGUCGGUGAGACAGAGGCGAGUCCGAGAGGAGACGCGGCUCAGAGACAGGAGGAAGAUAACGCGUCACCAUCUCUGACCUGGGAGAGGCGUGGAGGUUCAU